AUGAAUCAACUUCAAGACUUGGUCAAACGAAUGUUGGACGAAAGAAAAGAACUGAGAAUUCAGCAGCAACAGCUGCAAAACGUGAUAAACAGCAAAAUGGUCGCGCACGAACACGAGUCUGCCAUCCCGUCUUUCCAAGAUGGCGACGAAAUCAUUGUUCCGCAAGCAGAAGCUAGCGUCACGAGCGAGACAAAUAGUCAAACAAUGGACGAUAGCGAUCGAUCGAGAAGUUCGUAUCUCGAGGAAACAGAAACUGAACUUAGUCAUAUUAACAAUGAGAAUGAGUUGGACCAAAAUGACGGCACUGCUCGUCAAAUUUUACAGAUACUAGAACAGUUGGGUCCUUCCGAGGAAGGCACUCGAAAAGGAUGGUUGUCGCCGGAUGUACGGGACAGAGAGUUCUUACCUUGUCGAUACUGUGGUGGGCGUGUACUUAGACUGUAG